AUGGGCUCUGGCCCAGAGGGAGAAGAGGUGUUUCGCAGCCUGAAGCCCCUGCUCGUCAGCGUCCUGACAGACAGCAUGGCCAGCCCCUGUGCCAGGCAGAGUUGUGCCACAGCCCUAGGCAUGUGUUGCUACAUUGCCGCUGCUGACCUCGAGGACCUGGUCUCGUGCCUGUCCUGCUUGGAGGGCGUCUUCAGCCCCCCCAGCACAGGUGAGGGGGGCUCAGCACCCGCCCAACACGGCCCUCUGCACUGCAGCGUGCUCCAGUCGUGGUCCCUGCUCCUCACCAUCUGCCCCCCCUCCUACAUCAAAAGCAUCUUGAACAAUCGCUGGCUGAAGCUGCCCCCGCUGCUGUCCAGCAGCAGUGUCGCGCUGCGCAUCCUGGCUGGGGAAACCAUCGCACUGAUCUUCGAGCUGGCCCAGGACAUAGAGGAGGACUUGUGCCACCAAGAUACAGAGUUCCUGUGUGCCCAGCUCAAGGUCCUGGCUACCGAAAGCAACAAGUACCGAGCCAAGACGGACCGACGGAAGCAGCGCUCCAUCUUCCGGGACAUCCUGCACUUCAUCGAGAGCGGGGAGUACCAGGAGGAGACCAUCCGAUUUGGGCUGGAGUGCAUGUACCUGGACAGCUGGGCACGCCAGCGGACCUACCAAGCUUUUAAAGAGGUGCUGGGCUCCGGUAUCUGCCACCACCUCCAGAACAAUGAGCUGCUACGGGAGAUCUUUGGCCUUGGACCCCCCUUGGUGCUGGAUGCGGCCACUCUGAAAGCCAACAAGGUCUCCCGCUUCGAGAAGCACCUCUACAACUCAGCUGCCUUCAAAGCCCGCACAAAAGCCCGGAGCCGUGUGCGGGACAAGCGGGCGGACGUGCUGUGA